UUCUGCUUGUGCUUUUGCAUCAGGUUCAGGCUGAGCAUAAAGGAGGCCCCUGUUGUCUGGAGGAGGCAGUCUCUGGGACCAUGCAAACCCAGAGGGACAACCCUUCCCUGCGAUGGCCGCUAUUGCUGCUGCUGCUGGGCUUGGUGUUGCCUUUAGCCACCUCUAAGACCUUUAGCUCCAGGGAGGUUCUGCUCCGUGCCGUGGAUGACUACAACCAGCAGUCCUUGGACACCAAUCUCUACCGAUUUCUGGACAUGGAUUCUCAGCCCCCAUGGGAUGAAGACCCAGAUACCCCAAAGUAUGUGAACUUCAGGGUGAAGGAGACAGUGUGCGAGAAGGCAAUAUAUCAGAUACCCGAGCAAUGUAACUUCAAGGAACAUGGGAUAGUGAAGAGGUGUGUGGGGACAGUCAUCCUGAACCAGGACACAGAGUCUUUUGACAUCGACUGUCAAGGGCCUGGGACACAACCCCAGCCGGUAAAUAAAGUUUCCCGGAUUGCUGAAUUCUUCCGAAGAGGUGGGCAGAAGAUUGGUGAAAAGUUUAAGAAAAUUGGCCAGAAAAUUGAGGACUAUUUUCAGAAAAAUGCACCUCAGGCAGAGAAUUAGGCCUGCCUUGACCUGUCUCUGGAUUCCAAAAAUAAUAAAUGUGGUGAAGGAAACUUC